GCGUCGUGCGGACGUAUUACUCCCCUUCGAUCGAGUAAACACUAUGACAGUUCUCAAAACAAACCGUGUUCGCGCAUCGCUCACCUUUGAGUACCGCUCGAAGUCACCGGUUGCGAACUAAAUAAAAGAAAAUGUGUCCGCAUAUUUGAUCAAGGAUCCUCAGUGCGGAACAGUGUUAUCGUAAAGUGGAGUGCCUCCGCAAAAUCGUCGUUUGUAAAAAUGGGCCGGCGCGAAUGUUCGUUUCGUCGAAUCGAAACGACUUCCUCUUCCCUUCGGAUCACCAGCGAGAACCGUGUUCCGAGCUGGUGACGAUCGGGCCCGGCGCCGAAACGGUUUACCGGUUUCAGUGUUAUGUGCGAAGGUGUUGUUGUUUCCAACGGAAAUCAUGCCGUUCGUGCUACGAAGAGUGGAGCCACGGUUCUUGUGCCGCGGUCACGUGCCCGCGGACCCGACGCCUCAGGGAUGGCCGGUGGGCGCCGAAUUGGAGGCGGUCGCGAACGGCGCUUUGACCGCUUCGCUGAAGCAACUCGCCUCGCUUCUUACCAUCGCCGAGGACAUCUUCGCCGAACUCACCGCGGAGCUGACCACGGUCGCCGAUCGUAGCAGUAAUCUGCGCCAUAGAUUGGACAAGGUCGAGGAACGUCUAGCCGGUGUUGAUCCGAAGAAAAUACCAGUCCCGGAGUCGGAUAUUUGCACGUUCGCGGCGAGGAAGGAGAAUUUUCAUAUGGUUAACAAACCAUCGACGUCGCUGUUCACGUUGAACACACGACCGAAAGCCUUGAGGGAAUUAUACGAGGCUGCAGCUAUAGUCGCUGUCAGAAGUUUGGAUAGCCUGAGAAGGGAUGGCAGUUCCAUGGAUAUGUUCCUCUGCACGCCUGUCCUUGGCAAGAAGAAGAGAGACCAAAGCCUCGACAUCGAAUCUAGAAUCCCAGCCGUUAUCGAGGAUCUACGAAGAUGGACAUCCACGGAGGCGUUGGGGGACGUUACUGUACCACCGGAUUGCAUGUCCAGGAUCCUAGGAGAUACAACGACCGACGAUGCCGUCGAUCACAAGCUACCCAGCCCCGAGGAACAGGUUCAAGCUAUCGCACUGAAGUUUCCGGCGGAAAUUGUGGCAGUGGACGUCAGUGGAAGAGGGUUCGAGAGGAUGUCGAUGAGAAGGAGAUCUUUGCUGUCGGGACCGGAAAGCCAGGAAACAGCCGUGAAGAGACGGUCACGACCUCGAAGGCCCAGGGGAAAGAGACGGAAUACCAUUGCUGGAACCGAUCAGAAAGAAAUUCGACAGGCCAUUGGAGGAGAAACAAUCGGAGAAGAAGCAGAGGAGACAAUGUCCAACAUAACUUCAAGAGCCCACCGGUCAGCCAGUACAGACAUCUUGGGCUCGUCCAAAAAGGAGUCACCCAACGAAAAGAAAUCCCACUUCAAUACUUUGAAAGCGUGGGGCAUGUCCAGACUGAAGCUGAUCAGUCCAAAAUCCAGUCCGCAGCAGGAUCAGCAGGAGUCGACGUGUUCGACUACGGAGAGGUCAGAACAACAUGAAGGUCAGUCGAGAAAAGCGGAAGAAACAAAUAUUUAUGAAAGGGUAACACCCAGGCGCAGGAAGGACAAGUCGCACGAAAGGAAGCCAAGCUCGUCCAGUUCAAGCGGGAAGAGCACCUCCAGCAUUCCGGUAUCUGUCCCGAGCACGGAAAGACAACCGAGCGUGAAAUUGCGCGAAAGCGCGGCCCAAAGAAGAGAAAGACGAAAAGGAAGCAGCCGGGACGAACCUCCUCAUUCCAGCUCUGGAAACUGGAGUGCGUCCUCCGAAAGCGGGAGGGCGAGUAUUGGAAGCGAGACUACGACCACGACCCAUCAGCCGAGAUCUACUACAACCACAUCAGUUGGCACGUCCUCCACUUCGUUGAGUCACGUGAGGCGAUUUAAAAGACGAGAUACGUCCACCUCAUCCUCGGUAACGUCAGAGGGUACAUUGACCCCGGACAUCAUCCAAGAUAUCACGGUAGUACCCUUCUCGGACGACGGUGAGACAUCGUCCGUAUAUUCUUGCGAUACGGAAGGUUAUUACACCUCGUUCCACGUGGACUCUGGUCUGAAAACACUGAGGGAAGAGGAUCCAGUUCCGCAAAGUCCUUUGACCAAGUCCAAUGACGUCAGUUCAGAUCCUACCUCACCGAUUGUAGAAAACGAGUACGAACUUUUCGGGAGGGGCUCGACGUCGACGACUACCAGUUCCGCGGGUACGGUGUGUACAGCACUGAUGGCGCCACCGCCGCCAGAGAGGAAAUCUAGCCUUACCGUUGUUGCUAUGGUUCAUGGACCGAAUCAAAAUGGCGGCGAGUCGCCAGACAGCGGGCACAAUACAUCAUCGUCCCCCGUGGAAUCAGCCUCCAGUCCCGCCUGUACAGGAAGAUCGUGCUCGGAAUUCGAAUACUCUGAAUCCAGUGACCUGGAGGGUUGCGAGAGAAUCGAGAGAAUUCGCUCUAAAACGGCUAUCAAUACCAGCCGCAUACCGUCCAUGUGCGUGAUCACGCCGCCAGGCUCGGACGACGAGCACGCGAUAGAUUUGGAUCAGACGAGUAAGAAAAACGAGAACAGGAAGGUUGAUCUUCAAGCUGCAGGCUCGGUACUCAUGUCCGCCACUGUGGGCACCUCGAAGAUGGAGGUGAUCAACGGACAGGAUAAGAACCUUUAUGCUACCAUUCAGGUGUUGCCUUCUCCGACGAACGAGAAAGCUGUGAGUGGACAGGCAUCUACCAAAAUCAGUCCGCUUAGCGGAGUGUUAGGCAAGCUUCGUGGUGUACUUCCGAGCAGGAAGCACGUGCCGAAGAGCGCGGUUCAGGAUCAACCGAACGCAGACUCUGGCGACUAUGUGACCAUAGCCGACGUGAGGAACAACAAUGACAAGCGUCAGGAUUCAACCGCCACUCCUGUCCAGUCAUCAGUCACUUACGCCAAUUCUGAUAUCUUUAAGAAGGAUGCUGAGUAUGUUAGCUUAAGCGAAUUACCGAAGAAGCCGGAUUCCUCGCUGGAGAGGAAGAGGCAAGGGGCUAGGGUCACUCUCGAUUCCGAAGGCAAGGUUGUUUACUCUUCUGAUAGCUUGAAGAGGAGGAAGGGUGCGCACACGACGUUUAAUCCAGGUCCAUUCGUGAGAGAAGGGGUGUCCCCAAAUCCGUCUCCACUCUUGCACCGUGCAACACCCAACGUACGGGCAGUAACGAAGACCAGCGACGCAGUCGAUGGUCCGACGCCCAAAUCCACCCCGCCCACUUCACCCCAAUUGGGUAAGGUGAUCAUUAGAGCCGCGAGGAGUCCCGAACGAGCCGCCAGUCCUGACUACGUGCGGACACCUUCGAUGGUGGUGGGUCCCACGAGUCCAACGACUCCCCAUCGGCAAGUUCGCGGGGCAUACGUCAACGUGCAAGACGACGAAGACAAUACAUUGCUGGCAAUAGAUUCGGCGCCCCCUCAUGGUAUAGUCCAACCACCCCCCUAUAUUUCACCCCCAAAACCCGAGGGAUGUCAGAAAGACCACAUGAUCCAAGACAUCAUUCUCAAGGAACCUCCAGCGUCCCAACCACAUUGUGAAAAGCAACAAAAUUAUGGACCAACUCAGAAAAUUUACACCCACGAUCCUCGACAAAGUUUCUACGACAAUAACAAUCAGCUGUCCAAUUAUAAUGAUCACCGUCAAAUCAUACAAAUGCGCAAUGCUAGGAAUCAGCAAUAUUACGUUUCGAAUAAAGAUGGCAGUCAUCAAUUUUAUACAUUGCCAUCAAGAAGGCCUCAGAGGGAUGUGGAACCACCCCGGAGUGUCACACCUGAUAUCACCAGGGGUCUUAGACGUGGCUCGCUGAGCGCGAUGCACAUGCUUGCUAGGCAUGGUCAGAAAACAAUUUUGGAACAGGAUUCCAAGAGCUAUGGGUCUCAAGUGGAAUUGAGUAACAGGACUUCGGAAAAUGUCGAGACGGAGAACAGGCUGAUGCAGGGUCAACAGCAACCUCCCAUUGUGGAUGUCAGAAAUAGAUUCGCAACACCAUUAGGGCUUACAGCGCUUGGAUAUCGAUUCUUCGCGUCCUCGCCUAUUCGUGAUCCCGUUAUGAAGUCUCCCAGUGCUGACGCUUUAAAGCACAAUCCAAUUUCGCCGAUCAGGCAUACCUGUGACAAUAGUUUCAAGUCGUCUACACCGACCGGACGCACUAUGCCAACUGUUGCCGAACGUUUGGCUCUGACUGCCAAUAACAACCAUCCAUCGUCGAUGCCGAAUUCUGGAAGAAGCACACCUGUCCAAACAUCAUCUGGAAGGAGUACCCCAACCAACCUGGUCCUUUCACCGACGAAGAGCACCAUGUCCAACGAGGAGCUGUUUGCUGCCAUUCAUAAGUCCAAGAAGAGGUUGAACAUCAAGGAUGACAAUGAGAAUCAAUCACCCUAUGGAUCUACUAACUCGCUGGCCAAAAUGGCGCCUGGAAGCAGAAGUAGUUGGAGCUCGGAGGCGCAAAAGCCUCAGGCGGCAGCGCCUAACGCGUCCUCGCCUUCACCCGCCACCUCCCGAUUGGACUUCAAGCGACUGCUUCUUCAGCAAAGCGUGAAAACUGGACCCACCAGAUUAUCAGCAGCAGAGCAACUGAAACUGUCCCGUCAACAAUGCCAACAGCAGCAAUCAUCGCCCACCAUCCCACAACCGACACCAUUGGCCAAGGUUUUAAGUCCGCGUUCAGUGUGGAGGUUUCAGACCCCACGGACGGAUGUGUUGUCCUCGACCAUCAUCGAGGAUACCGCAGCCGAGGAGAAGGCGAUGAAACCAUCCCCAGAAAACAUUUCUCCGGUAUCAAGACUGAAUGCAAGGAGGCAGCUAGACCUUUGCAGCGACCUCCCUGAUUACCUGCGAAUUUCUAAAGAAAAUAACGACAGAGUACCAUCGGCCAGCGCGGAAGCUUCAGACUCGAAACCUGGUGAACAUGUCCGGACAACUAACGAGAGUCGUCUAGUCGUCAGCGCUGCAGGUCAAAAUGUGUCUGUUCAAAGUGUCCCCGCCUCAUACUCUCAAAAUCCAACAACUUCCCCAACGGUCCAGUAUUCCGCGAAUUCCCCCCAGCUCACCACCUCCUGUCAGCAAGCGAUCAGUGCCUUCGAAUCCAGAAGGAUCAGUAAUCAAUUAGCCAGAGCACAGUUCUUGGCUAGUACGCCAACUAUCAAUCAGACUCCAAAUACUUGUGUGAAAAAAGUGUUUAGAGCGAGGUCUGUGUCUCCUCAGAACCCAGGGUCUCAAAACGUCGCGCGUAGUCCGAGUGCCCCCACGUUAGAAACAGCUCUCUGAUCAUGUUUGUAUCAUUGGAAAUCAGCCUUACCUUUCUAUAGUUCUACUAUUGUUAACUAUAUCGGAGUAUUAAAGUCAAAGUACGCAAUUGUUGAGUAUCCUUCAUAUUGCUUCUGACAAGACGUAAUUAAAUUUUGAUAUAUUAAUGAGAGAAGUUCGUUAUUGGGUCAUUAAAGUCUGAGGGCAACAUAUUCGACCUAACCUCUAUAAAAAAAAUUAAUAGGAAAAAUUAUUUUCCAAUUUAUUAACAUUUAAAAUAUUAUAAAGUAGCUUCAAAGCUAUUUGUGUUUCUAAAUUACAACUGUAUGUACCAGGCAUGGUAGACUUCCCUAGGGAAAAUGGUGAUGGAGAAGGAGGCCCCAUCACUCACCUCGGGAGUUGCUAUGCAUCAUAGAUUGCUAUUUGUUAUUAUUUUCAUUCAGUUCAAAGCAAAUUGGUUUAACUAGGAGUGAACAAAAUGGAUGAUACAGUUCGAUUCCAUUCCUGGGCUUAAAGUAACUAAUGAUAGCAUCAUUUUCCCUAGAGAAGCCUUUCUGCUUCGUACUAUACAAUGGGCUGAUUUACAAAUGAAUAUUGAAAUACCCAACGUGUGAAGAUGAUUUUGUCAAUAUUUUAUAUCUAAUAUAUUUUUUACUUGGUUCCUAAUGUUACCUAUUUAAUGCGAAAAUUAAUUUUAAUCAAGUAUGAAAAUCUAAGGAGUAACGUCGGUCCAAAUUUUGUUACUAAAUUUAAUAUUUGAUGAAUGAAGAGAGAAGAAUAAUUUAUAUAGUACCAAGAUAGCGGAAAAAUUAGUAUUACACAGUAUUGGAUUAUUUCGUAAAGAAAAUUAUCGUUGGAGUUUCCUUAAGAUAAUAUUGAAACCGAAGAAUUUUCAUACAAUUUUUAUUCCUAUUAGUUGGAAGCAAUAAAUCGUAAUGCAAAUAGUCCUUUCGCUAAUUUGAAUUAUAAUAGAUAUAUAUAUUUUCAACUUGACCGAAUAUAAUAAAAAAGAACUUUAUAUAAAAAAAGAAAUAAUAUAAUUGAAAAACAGCACUGAGGAUGCAAAAUACAAUACGUCUGUCUGUACGUCUGCAAAUCGAAAAUUUAAGGUGAUAUUAAUUAUUCAAAUUAUUUUUAAUUUUGGUAUGAAACUUGUAAUUCCAUGAAGGAUUGAAUUAUUUUAUAAUUUCCUGCUGAAAAUAGUGAAAUAUUUUUAGCAAUGAAAUUUUAAGAAAAUUUAUUUUUACCAUAUAUUAUACGUACAUAUGUAAAUAUGUAUUUAUUAAACGAAAGCAUGCUAUGUGAUUUUCAAUCGUAUAGACAGAUUUUAUUUUCUAGCUUUCAUAAAUGUUUUGUACAUGCAGAAAUAUUGAAAACUUUUACAGUUCACAUUUAUAACAUUUUUGUAUCAAUAACAAUUUCUUUUUUAUAAGCAUUUUGUACCAUGCAUAAGUCACAUUAUUGUUUUUUAAAGCAUGUUACUGAAAAUGUACGAAAAUAUUACUGGUUUCUAAAUGGAAUUUUGUUCUGAAAACAUUAAUUUAUUUUUCAUUUAUUGCAAUCACAAAUGAAUCCACAAAUUAUGUAAAUAGCACACGAUAUGUAAUUACAAAUGCAUUCUGCUUUAAAAUUCAAUCGCUUGCUUGUCUAGUCGGAGUAGUUUGUUAUCCAAAUGGAACCCUUCUUCUCGAAAUUGCGAAAUAAUAAAAAAAGCGUGUAACUCGUAUUAUCGCGAUUCAACGGAGAACAAGCUUUACGAUUUAUAUUUGGGUGGUGAAUAGUAAUAUAUUUGAAGAAGACUAAUAACGCGUACAGUAACGACAGAGUUGCCUUAAUUAAAUUAUUUUAAGUUAUAAUGGUGAUGUUCGUGCGAGAAAAUUGCAAUGGUAAGCUUGCGAACGAUCACGUUAGAUUCUAAGCUGAAAAUGUUUUGUACUUUGCUCAGAAUAAAAGAAGAAAAAAGAAAGCAUA